GCUGGUGGACUGGUGAGGUGGCGUCGGUUCGGGCGGUGCGCCGCGGUUUGGCGCGAUGCGGAGGCCCCGGCCCGGACUCCCGCAGCUCUGAGCGCCCGAGCCGCCUGCAGAGACCAUGGCGGAGGCCCGCGAGCCCACCCGCCCCUCGGAAGACGACGACGAGGAGCGGGAACCGCUGCUGCCCCGCGUCGCCUGGGCCCAGCCGCGGAGGGGCGCGCCCGGGACGGCGGUGAGGCUGCGGGCGGACGAGGGCGCGGCCGUCCCCCGCAAGCCCACCCCGGUCGAGCUGCCGCUGGCGUCCGGAGACGCGACGAUCUCCGCGAGCUCCUCCACCGAGCUGGACCGGACCCGCGGCUUGUGCUCAGAACUAAACUCGUUCUUGGAAGAUCCAGAAUUUGCUAAUCUUGUAUUAAGAGCUGAGCAAGCAAUGGAAAUUGGAGUUCUCCCGGAAAGAAUCACUCAGGGGUCAAGUGGAAGUUACUUUGUGAAGGAUUGUAAAAGGAAUAUUAUUGGUGUGUUUAAACCCAAAUCAGAAGAGCCUUAUAGCCAGCUGAACCCAAAGUGGACCAAGUAUGUUCAUAAGGUUUGCUGUCCCUGCUGCUUUGGCCGAGGCUGCCUGCUUCCUAACCAGGGGUACCUUUCUGAAGCUGGUGCCUACCUGGUGGAUGCCAAGCUUCAACUGGGCAUUGUACCUAAAACGAAGGUGGUUUGGUUUGUCAGUGAGACGUUUAACUAUAGUGCUAUUGACCGUGCAAAAUCAAGAGGCAAAAAGUAUGCCUUAGAGAAAGUGCCAAAAGUAGGUAGAAAGUUCCAUCGGAUAGGACUUCCUCCUAAGGUUGGUUCCUUUCAGCUGUUUAUGAAAGAUUACAAGGAGGCUGAGUAUUGGCUUAGGAAGUUUGAAGCUGAGCCUCUGCCUGAAAAUAUUAGAAAACAGUUUCAGACACAGUUUGAAAGAUUAGUGGUUUUGGAUUACAUCAUCAGAAACACAGACAGGGGCAAUGAUAAUUGGUUAGUCAAAUAUGAAAAGGAGAAAUAUGCAAAGAAAAUUGAAAAUGAGGAAUCAAACUGGAUUGAUGGUAAAGAAAUGCUUAUUAAAAUAGCUGCAAUUGAUAAUGGGCUAGCGUUUCCCUUUAAACAUCCUGAUGAAUGGAGAGCAUAUCCAUUUCACUGGGCUUGGCUUCCUCAAGCAAAAGUUCCUUUUUCUGAAGAGACCCGAAACUUGAUUCUACCCUAUAUUUCUGACAUGAACUUUGUACAAGAUUUGUGUGAAGAUCUUUAUGAACUUUUUAAGAUUGACAAAGGAUUUGACAGAGCAACCUUUGAAAGUCAGAUGUCUGUGAUGAGAGGCCAGAUCUUAAACCUCACUCAGGCACUGAGAGAUGGGAAGAGUCCCGUGCAGCUGGUGCAGAUGCCGUGUGUGAUCGUGGAAUGCAGUGGCGGCCAUGGCCGGGUUGUCAACCUCAGCUGCUCCUUCACCCAAAAAGUCCACUGCAGGAAGCCGUUCUUUUCCUCCUGGUAGCAGAUGUAAGGGGAACAGCUGUGUGGUUGUUACCGUGUCCAUAAAAUAUUACAAUGAUGUAAAUCUGCUGCUGAGAGCACCAGUUGCCAAAACCUCAAAAUAAUUUAAGACUUUAAAUAUAUAGAAAAUAAUGCUAUAUUUUGAAUGUAAUCAAAAGUUUACGAUUUUUUGUCCAAAUAUUAAAUUUCUAUUUCAGGGAAUAGGUGAUAUAUCUCCUAUAUUGUAUUUUUAUAGAAAAAAUGUAUUUUAUGUUGUUAUUACCUUAAAAAGUAAUUUCAUGGUUUACACAUGCUAGCAUGACUAUAAUUCUAUAGCAUUCCAACUAGAAGACAAAGAUUGACUUUGAAUACAGUAGUAACAUUUUUUAUACUGUUUAAACAUGAGAAGAAUCUUCUUGCAUUCAUUCCAAAAAAAGAAAAAAAAAACCUUCAAGGGUGACCAAGAGAGAAACUGCUCUUGUAGAAUCUGGUUGUAGUUAGUAGAUAGAGCAGACAGGGAGGAUAAAGCAACUUUACCUUCAUUUUAAAAGCUGCUGUUUUAAAACUGGAAUCAGGUGCCCAAUGGUAGUCAUUACCAGGAACCUGAAAGUUAAAUUUUGCCUAAGUGACAGAUGACGAUAUUAAUUUUUCUACUUUGGUGUAUUUGCUGAUGGAUUAUUCUGUUUUAGUGAGGGAGAAGCCCCCCCCCCCUCUUUGAGGCAGGAUUUUCCUGUGUAGCCUUGACUGUCCUGGAACUCACUCUGUAGACCAGGCUGGCCUUGCACUCACAGAGAUCUACCUGCCUGUGCCUCCGAAGUGCUAGAAUUAAAGGCAUGUGUCACCACUGCUCAGCUUUUUUUUUUUAAGGAAAUAAUUGAGAUUUGAAUAGAAUAGUAUUUAAUUAAGGUAGCUAUCCAGUAUUUUUAAAUUACCACAUUGCCCUAAAAUUUACCAUUUGUUUCUCAUAUGGGAUCAAAUAAUUGAAAAGUAGUACUUCCAAAUACUAAUUCUAAUCAAUUUAGUACUGCAGUUAGUGUUAGACAGCACUGCAGAGUAAACCAUCCCCUGAAGUGUAUCCUGAAUUUCAGUUUGGGGUCCUGAGUUAUAGAGCCUUGGAAACAGAAGACCCACUUUGAAUCGGAAGGGAAAUGUCACUGAAACCAUCCAACACUGAUUUUAAACUUUUGUUUUUUGUGCAUCUUGAGCAUCUGUGUAUUCUUUGGAAUUUGUAGCAGUGUUUAGUCACCAGCUGAUGGAAAUGGAAAUAAGCCCCAAGAGAAAAAUGUAACUCUAGAGAAGAAAGCAUUGAUGUCUUGCUUCAGGCUCAAAACCAGUAACCAGUAUUGCCCAUGCUCGGGCACACUGGACAGUUGGUGGUUGGCCUUGCUGUUUGGGUUUAAGUUUGCUGUCUUAGGAUUUUUUAAUGAGCUUUUUUUUUUUUUUUUUUUUUUAAUGAAAAGUAUAUAGGUGGUUAAAUUAGGGUGUGGGCAGACACAGCCUGUUUCUCAUACCUUUACCUUUGUCUUGGUGGAUGUAACGAACAAGCACACUGCUACCCUGAGGAGUCAGUUGGAAAUCCGUGUCCUCCUACCUCUUCUGACCUUUCAUUAGCUCGGCCUGAGAUAAUGGAAACCUGACUGGAAUAUCAAAUUAAACCUCCACUGUUGCUAAAUACUAGUCAUUGAAAUGUGCCUUUCAAAGAUGUCUUCUUCAGGAACAGGCAUAAUUGCCUCUGCUGUGGAUAUGGCUUUCACAAACAAUUUUUUUUUCAGUAUUUUGAGAAUUUCUAUAUUAAUUUUUAUAACAAAGAACCUAGUAUAUUGCUACGUUUUAUACUCUAAAAUUAAAAUAGUUGAAGACUAUUUUUAAAUGUCUGACCAUGUUAGAAUAGUUGAGGUAUUUAAAGAUUACAAAUGACAGUACUUAGGCUGUGUUUGUAAGCAUUCAUGAACCUAAUUCUUAUUUAAAUAUUGUGGGACUUUUUAAUGAGCAUAUUUAUAUUGUCAAAUAUGAUAAGCAAAAGGAAUAAAAAUCAUUGUCUUGA